AUGGCUGCUAAGAAUAUCCUCCUCUUCGGCGCGACUGGCCAAAUCGGCUCGUUCAUCUUGGAGGCCAUCCUCACCACCCGCGAUUCCUUCGGCCGAGUAGCCAUCUUCACCUCCGCACGAACUGCCGAGACCAAAUCGGCAUAUCUGGAAAAGCUAAAGCAGCAGAAAAUCGAGAUUAUUAUUGGAGAUGUCGACGACGAGAAUGCCGUAAAGGCUGCAUACAAUGGAAUCGACACCGUCAUCUCAGCCCUUGGUAGAAACACCCUCGCCCAGCAGAUCCCUCUAAUUCGUCUGGCAGCCGCAAGUCCCGAUGUGAAAUGGUUCUUCCCAUCCGAGUAUGGCACAGAUAUUGCCUACGGCCCUGCCUCGGCAAAUGAAAAGCCCCAUCAGCAGAAGUUGAAGGUUCGCGCUGUUCUUGAGCAGGAAAUUUCACGCAGUGACCUCGACUACUCGUACGUCGUGACGGGUCCUUUUGCAGAAAUGUAUCUUGACUUCACGCCCGGCCUGGAAGAAGCCGGUGGAUGGGAUGUUAAGGGACGGAAGGCUGUGUUGCUUGGUGAGAAGGGGCCGGCGAGGGUUAGCUUGACUACGAUGAAGGAGUAA